AUGCAAUGUCUAACAGCACCAACACGCCGUGAAAUCGACAAAGCCCAUGCGAAGAGUAUCUGGCUCGAGAUAGGAGUCCAUUCAGUCCGCAACCUUCUACACGUAUCGCCCGGCAAGGCUGUAUUGUGGCUGGCUCUUCUUGUCAGCACAUUCCCCUUACAUCUGCUCUGGAACUCUGCGGUCUUUACCACAACGAAUUUCAACGACUACAGCGGUCUGGUGGUCACCAACGAUUUCUUAGUCAGUAACAGCAGUCUUGGAAUUGACUGCUCAGAGCAAGCUAUGGACGAGUAUAUCCAGAAUGACCGGUCAAGCUAUGUGGUCUGCUGGCUACACCAGCACGUACAGCAGAACAGCACAAGCAUGAUUAAAAUGACUCCCGAGCAAUGUAUGACUGCGUACGCGACUGGAAUUGAAGCCAGCAACUUCAAUUUCCUUGCCGUGACUAAAGAUGCAACAAUCAAAGAGCAAUCCAAGCAGUUUCGCCCGGGCAACGCUACCUUACCAGUUGUGGCCUACUUCAACACGCUUAACUAUACUGACCUGGUAGAUAGUUGGUGCAGGGGCCUCUGUCACAAUUGGGGUAACAACCCGUAA